AAAAAACGCCGAAAAAAGAAGAAAAAGAAGGACCGUAUAAAAGCGCUGUUGGAAUUUUACUGUUCAAUAGAUUAAGUUAAACCUUCGUCAAGUGUAGAAAAGGAACCAAACAGAGAUGCCGAAAAUAAAUUCAGUGAUAAUACUGCAUUUACUGGUCUGUCUAGCCAGUAGUUUAUUUGCACAAGUGCCACAUAGAGCUAGCGAAUUAGACUGCCCAGUGAUAGAAACCAAACUCGGAAAUAUUGCUGGCAUUCGACAACAAACUGUGCUCGGAAACAGUAGCUUUUGUUCUUAUCGUGGAAUUCGAUAUGCUGUAGCGCCGGUUGGAAAGCUUCGAUUUAAGGCACCAAUACCAUCGGGAUCAUGGGAAGGGACGUAUAAUGCAACUGAAUAUGGAUCAGCCUGCAUGCAGUUCAACGCUUAUUCCACAAAAUCUGAAGAUUGUUUGUUUCUCAAUGUAUUUGUCCCAGAACCGUCGAUAUGUAGCAGUUCACGUGACAUCGCUGUCAUCGUAUUCAUUCAUGGUGGAGGCUUUGUAGCAGGAGCAGCUUAUGACGACACGAUUGGUCCUCAUCUACUUUUGAAUAAGUGUGUGAUUCUAGUCACCUUACAUUAUCGCCUCGCCGUUUUCGGUUUCCUACCGUUGGCCCUGCCUGAAUACUCUGGUAAUAUGGGUUUAAAAGAUCAGCAAUUGGCUCUGGAAUGGAUCAAUCAGCAUAUUUCAGCGUUUGGCGGAAAUCCAAAACAGGUCACACUUAUGGGACAAAGUGCAGGCGGAGCAUCAGUUAGUUUCCAAAGACUAAAUCCAAAAUCAAGAAGUUACUUCAAACGGGCAUACGUUAUGAGCAGCUCUGCACUGUCUUAUUACGCUCUGUCAGAAAGCAACAAUAAAACCGAUUUAGUGAUGGAACUUGCUAAAAACCAGAAUAUCGCCAUAGAGAACUCUGAUCAAUUGAUCAAGUACCUACAAACAGUCGACGCCAAUUAUCUUCUUAGUCACACAUUCCAAAAAAAUAUUGGAAAUUACGACUUGAUUUUUGAUGUACCAUGGCAACCAUGCGUUGAACCCAAAACAACCUCCGACCCAUUCAUAUCAGAACAUCCGGAAACUUUAUUAUCAAAACCAGUGAACUUUCCACCUACUGUCUAUACAUAUACGAGUUUGGAAUCCAUAUCGUUUGCAUAUGAUAAAAUCGCCAAUCCGGAAAAAAUAAGCUACUUGGAUACGAAUUUUAAAUUCACUUUGCCUUUCCAUGGCCUUGAUCAAGAGGCUUGUAAAGAAGAACUUGCACCCAUUUUCACCAAAAUUCGACGAUUCUAUUUUGGCCAUGCCAAGAUCAAUGCAUCACAAAUUCUUCCUUUCAUUCAACUAAUUAGCUCAACAGAUUUUUCAUAUUCUAUUCAGAAGGAAGUGGCUAUUCAAGCGCUUUCCAGAUCGGAAGCCAAAUUAAGAGUUCUCAGAGUGAACCUCAGAACACUAUUAAGUCUAAGUUUGAAUCAACCUGGAGUCGCUGCAUUGGCUGCUACUUCUCACGCUGAUGACAUUUGCAGUUACUUUUGGUGUGGGUCUUUGUCACAUAUUUAUAAAGAAAUAGAAGCAGAGGAGACUCUUUUGCAGCAAGCCACAGUAAGAACGAGUAAAAUAUUGAGAGAGAUCUUGAUCAAUUUUGCCAUCACUGGGAAUCCUGUAUCAGAAACGGCUUCAUUCUACUCAUUUCCACCGGUGAACUCGAAACCGUUGACCGAUUUGCCAUUUACUGAGCUAUUGAGCGUUAACACAUUGGCUUCUGGAAGCAAUCCAGACCACGAAGAAUUCAAAUUUUGGUGGUCAAUCAAUGAGAAAGUGGAUAAAAUCAAGAAGAUGUCUUGCAACCAGAACUGAUUGGGAUGUCGUUCAAUUUCCGGUUAAAUUUAACGUGAUACAAUGUAAUUUGGAAAAAUUGGAUCAAAUCAAGAAGUAUUGUGACUUUGAAGUAAAAUAUUGACAAUUUAUCUAAAAAAUUAUCAGAAAUGUCUAUAAAAUACAAGAAAUUCACUCUAAAACAACUUUAA